GAUGGCGAACGAGGAGCGCAAAUUCAACAUUCUUCAUCAAAUCUGCUAAAAUUCGCUGAAGAUGGACGAUAAAACACGGUUUGAAUAGUUAUAAUGUGACUGGAAAAUGUAAUGGUUAUUGCAGAAGAAGAUAUGAAGAUGUGCAAGCAAUUCGAUAAAAAAGACAGAGCUUUGUGCAAAGUUUGGAACAAAAUGGAACGAAAUUGUAGUAAAAAAUGAACUUAAUUUUAUCUAAAAAUAUUGAUGAAURUAAUGCGUAACAGCACAGAAAUGUCCAAAUGCAGUCAACGGAAAGUAUUGAUAUAAGAAUAGAGAAAUAUUCAGAAAAGGGAGAAGGAUUUUUAAACUAAAGCUAGAAAAAUGUACCGAAGUAUGUUGAAGAAGUCAUUGUGUGCCAAAACUGUCACCAGAACGAUUCGUUUUUCAAGUGGCGUCUACAAUUGUAUGAAAUUUAAAAGAAAACGUUUAAGAACUUACUGCACUACUUCGAAUGACGGGCAGAAUGCCAGGUUCAAUCAAGUUGAAAUACAAAUGCUCUCAGAGGCACUUCAUAAACAAAUAUUCCCUGGUGAAUUCGCAGAAUACAAUGCAGAAGCCGUAAGAAAAUGUGUAAAGCACUUAGAAGAACAUCAACUUUGGGGCAAGAACAAGUCUAUACUCCCUGACGUUAACUUAAAACUUCCAGCAUUACUUGGAGCAAACAUUGAUGAACAUUUUAAGAUUAUUGCGAAGCAACAAAGUAAAGCAUAUUUUGACAUGACGGAAGAGUUGGCAGUGACGACACUUCCACCUCUACCAGAAGAGUGGUUGUUUGCACCAGGAUGGCAUAAAUAUGAAAAGGCAGAUGCAGGAUUUAAGGUUGUUGCUGUUGAAUACCCAGAAGAAGAUGGUUUUGUUUUUGAUGUGGAAGUCUGUCAGAAUGGAGGACCAUUCCCAACCCUUGCUGUGGCUGCUUCUUCAAAGGCUUGGUAUGCUUGGGUCAGCCAAAAGCUAGUAGAAGAGACAGGUUACCAAUGGCUUGUAAAACCAACCCCUAGCCUCUAUAUACCACUAGAAUCUACUGAUAAUGAGGAGCUUUAUAACAAAGAUUGGAGGGAGAAGCUUGUGAUUGGACAUUCUGUGGGGUAUGAUAGGUCAUAUGUCAAAGAACAGUACUACAUUAAGGGUCCCAAGACAUAUUUCCUGGACACCCUCAGUCUUCAUAUGUGUGUAUCUGGACUCACUGGCCAUCAGAGGCAUCUAUGGAAUGCAUGCAAUGCUGGUCGUAAAACAAAGGAACCUUGGAUGGAUGUUGGAUCUGGUAACAAGCUGGAAGAUCUUUAUAAAUUGUACAGUGGAAGAGAUAUCCUGGAUAAGUCUAUGCAGAGGGUGUUUGUAGAUGGUGACCUUGAUGAUAUCCGAGCCAGAUUUCAAGAUCUCACAACGUAUUGUGCAACUGAUGUUGCCUGCACACACGAAAUCUUCACUGUCAUCUGGCCAAUCUACAAAGAGAGAUUCCCUCACCCAGUGUCCUUUGCUGGGAUGUUAGAGAUGGGUUCGGCCUAUCUUCCCGUUGAUGAAAGCUGGGAUAACUACAUCAGGGACUCUGAUAACACAUUUGAAGACCUGGAGAAAGAAAUGAAAGGGAUUUUGAUGAAGUUGGCAAACGAGACGUGUAAUUAUCAACAUGGAAAAAGAUAUCAGCAAAACCCAUGGUUAUGGAGUCUAGAUUGGUUUGUACAGGACAUCCCUAUCAAAGCACCCAAAAAACAACCAAAAAAGAAAAAGAAAAACAAAGAAAAAGAGCUUCCUUCCUCAGACCAAACGAUUAUCAGACUCAAACAGAAUCCAACUUCAAAUAUACACAUAGACAUAGAAGCAAGUGAGUCUAAGAAUCUUGAGGAAAGCGAACUUAAUAUUGAGGAUUUAGAGCUCGAUGAACGAACUCUGUUAAGAAUGGAAAGGUCGGGUAAACAUGACUUAGAUGUUGAAAGCCUUAAAGAAGAAGCACAAAAAAUUAAUGAUCUUAUCACCUCGAUUCCUGCUGCUGAAGAUGUCAUGUACAAACGAAGAAGACAUCUCCCUGGAUACCCCUUGUGGUAUAGGAAAAUCUGCCCAAAGGAUGGAGAAUUUGGAUCAUCACUUGUUAGCCCGCAAUGUCAAAUAGCGCCGUCACUACUGCGCAUGACUUGGGAUAGUUUUCCACUGCAUUACAGUCGAAAGCAUGGUUGGGGAUACCUAGUCCCUGGAAGAAUGGAUAAUAUAAAACAACCUGAUGAUGAGGAGAGAUUAGAGGAAGAGGAGGAUGGGAAAGUCGAAAGAGAUUUGCCGGAUAUGCCUUUUCCUACAAAAUCGUUCCAAAUCUUAUGGCAGAAUCAUCAUCUCAACAAAGACUCACCUAAAUCCACAUCACCAGCCAGCAUCCUUGACGACGAACUCGACGCGCGGACCUUGACGGAAAGCGAUCUAUGGUCCGAUAUAGACGACGAUGCGCUCAACAACGCUAAAGCAAUGACCAGUACUAGUGCCAAAACAAAACAAGUAAAAAAAGCGAUUAUCGAAAAUGCCGAACAUGAUGAAUCUAGAGAUUUUGUUAGUCGAGGAAAGAGUAAACCUCAUCAUCACCAUGGGGUGGGGCCGUUUAACGAUGUUGAUCUGCCUGGUGUCUGGUUCUUUCGUAUUCCACAUAAGAAUGGCGAGCAAUACCGUUGUGGGAACCCUUUAGCAAAAGAUUACAUCAGCAAGUUGGACGAUGGGACGUUGGUGACUGCAGGUGACCGCAAUGCACGCCGGACAUUAGUUGUUAACAAAAUGAUUUCGUUUUGGAGAAACGCGCAAAAGCGUAUCAGGUCCCAGAUGCCUGUUUGGCUGACUGAAAACGAUCUAGACGAUGAAAUUAAAAGGUCAUCUGACUUCAAUCGUGAUGCCAACUAUGGUGCAAUAAUCCCGCGGGUCAUACCCGCAGGUACCGUGACAAGAAGGGCAGUGGAGGCCACGUGGUUGACAGCUAGUAAUCCUAGAGAAGAUCGUGUAGGGUCUGAGAUGAAAGCUAUGAUAAGGGCCCCACCAGGGUACUCGUUGGUAGGGGCUGAUGUUGAUAGUCAGGAACUUUGGAUAGCCGCUGUCUUGGGCGAUGCCAACUUUGCAGGCAUUCACGGGAGUACGGCCUUUGGAUGGAUGACGUUACAGGGGAAGAAGUCAGAUGGUACGGAUCUGCACAGUAAGACAGCAAGUACUAUCGGGAUCAGUCGAGAUCACGCCAAGGUCUUCAAUUACGGUCGUAUCUACGGCGCAGGUCAAAAGUUCGCUGAGCGGUUGCUUCUGCAGUUUAAUCACAGACUGACUGAUAUAGAAGCCAAGCAAAAAGCUGAAACACUGUACUCUAACACCAAGGGAACAGUCAAGUAUCUGUUGUCUGAUUACGGCCAUGAAAUAGCAGACAGGUUAGGCUACACAGAUAGAAUAGAUGAAGAUGGAUGUGUGGAGCGAAAAGUUUAUUGGGAGCUUGUCCGAUCUGCCAGAAGAGGAAGAGGCAGCAAAGCUUCAAAAAUGGUUGAUGCAGGUCGUGUUUGGCAAGGAGGAAGUGAGUCAGAAAUGUUCAAUAAACUAGAAAUGAUCGCACAGUCGGAAGAGCCCCGGACACCGGUUCUCGAGUGCAGAAUAAGCCGUGCUCUGGAACCUUGGAUCGUAGGAAAUGAGUUCAUAACUAGUCGCGUGAACUGGGUGGUCCAGUCGUCUGCUGUGGACUAUCUUCACCUGAUGCUCGUUUCUAUGAAGUGGCUUUUCAAGGAGUACGAUAUUGAAGGUCGUUUUUGCAUCAGUAUUCAUGAUGAGGUGAGAUACCUCGUGGCCGACAAGGACAAAUAUAGAGCAGCUCUGGCUUUGCAAAUAACAAACUUGUUAACAAGAUCGAUGUUUGCCUACAAGCUUGGAAUGAUGGACCUACCACAGUCUGUAGCUUUCUUCAGUGCUGUGGAUAUCGACAAAGUGUUGCGUAAAGAAGUGACUCUCGACUGCAAGACACCAUCUAAUCCACAUGGAUUACAAGAGGGACAYGGAAUUCCAACUGGUGAAGCUCUUGAUAUUUACGAAAUACUCGAGAGAACAACUGGCGGCAAGCUAAACAAGGAAAAACCUCGAGUUAAGGAUGAGAGACUUGAAAACUAGUGAAAAAAGGAAAGUUAUGUUAGUUAAAGUAGAUAGACAAACUUUUCAUAACUGAAAAUAUCUUUCAUAAAAAAAUAUCAAGAAUAUAUACAAUUUUGCUUUUAUUUCAAUAAAAACAGCUGGAGCUCAUUAUCCA